AUGGCUUCCACUUUUCAAGCAGUUCGUGGAGGCGCUGCCAAACUCAACACAGGAUUCCAUAUACCUCUAGUAGGUCUGGGAACCUAUAAAAUCACUGGAGCCCAGGUGAAACCAGCAGUCGAUGCGGCAUUGGGUUGUGGCUAUCGUAUGUUCGACACCGCUAAGUACUACGUGAAUGAGCCGGAGUUGGGAUCAGCACUAGCAGAACUGCUUCCGAAGCACGGCUUGUCGCGCACCGAUAUUUUCCUCACCACCAAAUUCUUCCCUGAUCGCAAUGAUCCAGCGGUUGCUGCCAGACAACUUGUUGACGAAUCUCUUGAUAAUCUCAAAACAGACUAUCUCGACAUGGUCCUUAUUCACUACCCGAAAGCUCAGGAUUCGGACGAGAAUGACGAAAAGAAUCCGCUUCAUCGGAAGCUCACCUAUCUCGAGCUUGAGAAGAUGAAAGAUGAGGGUAAAAUCCGAUCUGUUGGAGUGUCAAAUUACGAGUCCCGACAUAUAGAAGAAAUUAAAAGUUAUGGAAAGAUGAUGCCAUGUGCUAACCAAGUCGAGUAUCACCCUCAUUUUACGCGAGACGAACUAAAGGAGUAUUGUAAGAAGGAGGGAAUUUUCUUUCAGGCAUUCUCCUCGCUCGCUCGACAAGAACCAGCACUCAUCAACGAUCCGGUGGUUGUAAAUCUAGCAGAAACACACAACACUACAGUUCCGAUAAUUCUCUUAUCGUUCGCGCUGAGUCAAGGGGUAGGAAUCGUGCCCAAGUCUACAAGUCCUCAACGAAUCAAAGACAAAUCUGGAGGAGCAAAUGGCGUUGGUCGUACUUAUACGCUGCGUACUGGUUACGAGAUACCGUUAAUUGGUCUUGGAACAUACAAAAUCAAGGGUGACCUGCCAGCGGUGAAUGCUGCACUGGCUGCUGGAUACCGAUUGUUUGACACGGCUAAAGUCUACGAUAAUGAGUCGGAUUUAGGUGAAGCUUUGGAGGCAUGUAUUCCUCUAAACAACAUCAGGAGGGAGGAUGUGUUCUUGGUGACAAAGAUAUACCCGAGUGAUUCGUCUGAAGACGUUCUGAACAUGGUCGAAGACUCCCUGCGGAAUCUACGCACAAGCUACAUCGAUUUGGUUCUUAUUCAUUUUCCAAAGACUAAGGACACUCCACUGGACGAUCCUGCCAACGCGUUGCAUAGAAAGAGCACCUACCUGGCGCUGGAGCAUUUGAAAAGCAUGGGAAAAAUUCGGUCCGUUGGCGUUUCCAAUUAUGAAGUCCGACAUAUCGAGGAGAUCAAGGCUUACGGCCAGGAUAUACCUUGUGUGAACCAGGUCGAGUUUCAUCCCCAUUUCAUUCGCCAAGAGCUUGUGGAUUACUGUAAGAAGAAUGGCAUCUUUUUUCAGGCAUACUCAUCUUUGGCUCGACAUAACCCUGAAUUGAUGGGGCAUCCAGUUGUGACAGAGUUAGCUGCUAAAUAUGAAAUAUCUCCUCAGAUCGUCUUGCUAUCAUGGGCCAUCAGUCAAGGCAUCGGAAUUAUUCCGAAAUCUUCGAAGCCUGAUAGGAUCUCGGACAAUUUGAAGGCAUGUGAAGUUCUUCUCGACCAAGCUGAAGUCCAACGUCUUCGAGAGCUGAACAGAAACAAGAAUUACGUCCGCUGUGAAGGAUGGCUGGUUACGUAA